CGUACAACGCCCAGAGCCUUUAAGCACCAUGAACGAUUCUAAGAACUCUGGAGAUGAGCCUGUCUUUCGGGUCUCAAAGCGACGAAAACUCAUACAUAAACGCCAUGUAGGACACGACGUCGAUACACACCCGGUCGCGAAUGUCUUAUCCGCCCCCUCAUCCCCGAGCCGUACAGUACAAGAUCAAGAGUCAGACACAAAACUAUCAAUGGCAGAGGUCAUCCGUCUUAGGAGGAACACGAAGGCGCGGCGUGCUGGCGUUGAGUUUUCCAAUGCUGCGAAGAAUACUGUAUCAGAACAUACAUCACAGCCCGAGGUUUCUGCCUCCUCCACUGAGAUGCUCGACAAUGUGAAAGGCGUGCUUGACUCUGCCUCAGCGCGCUUUGCACCACAGACGGGACAGAUAGUGGACUCUCUUGACCUGCACAUGGUGGCUUAUAUAGACUCCAAAAUGGCUGAGCUGCAACACAUAUCGCAAUCUUCGGGAUGUGAGAGUACAAGACAUGCUGAUGAUCAUCAUCCUGCGGUCCACGCUCCAGUCAAAGAACGACAAGCAGCCGGCAUUGGGAAACUUCAAGAAGUCGAUCUAGGUCCCCGCAGCACACAGGCCAAUAUCGAACGUACGGAAGAGCUACGUAGACGUUUACAAGCUCCAGAUACCCCAGUCCAACCGCCCCCUAUUUCCAAACCCCCAAGGAUCAACCCGAGGACCGGCAAGCCUUUCCGUCCAAAGCACGCACGGCGUACAUCCACCGACAUUGCACGCGAUGCAUUAGUAGACCAGGUCUUACAUGAAUCGCGUAUACAAAUGUACGACGAAGGCGCUAUAUCGGCAAGAGACAAUGCAGACGACGCGGACGGGGCGGCAGACGAGCGCAUAGCUGCACAAUUUCAACGUGAAUUCAUGGACGCACUUCAAACUCGCAAGGACAAGAAGCCACCACCUCCACCAGUUGGAAGAGGUCCAAAAUUGGAGAAGGAGGUGAAAGGUCCAAAAAUGGGUGGCAGUCGCAGCGCAAGGGCUGCGAUGAAAGCGGCUCAGGACAAAAAAAAAUAGAGGCAUUCCUGUUUGGGUUGAUACAUGCUGAAAAGAGGGAGAGACAUAUCGGGAAGCGCUCAUAGGUCAACAAACACAGAAGCAAAAAGUUACUUUUCAUGCUCAGUACGUGAAGAUUGCACUACU